UACUCACUAUAUUUUCAGUAAGUCAUUGGUCAAGCCAAAGGUUUAAGUCCAGUUGAUUGGCCAACAGAAUACCCACAACUAUGUUCGCACAAUUAUUUAGCAAUUAGCUCGUAAUUUCGGUCGAAUUGAUCCAAUUGAGGUGUGACAAAUCACAGGGAUAAUUAUUUUCGAUACUGGCUAAAUCACGUUACUAACAAUAUUAUAUUGUUAUUUAUUCGUUUCAGUCGCUCUUUAUUCGUGUGCCGGGUCCCGUGUGAAAUGGGCUACUAUAGAAAUUUAUUGGGUUUUAUAACUCUAUUUGGCUUUUUGCAAUUGACCAAGCAGCACUGCUACCAGAUGAAAUUGGUGGGUGCAAGGUCGUGGGAUACACCCAAUUAUGGUCUAAAGCUCAACUGGUUCGAGAAGAACAACUCGUUGUCAUCGGUGACCUUUGUGCGCCAGGAAGUGGCCAUUCCAUUGUGGCAUCUCGUUUUGUUGCAACAUCCGCGAAAGCGGAGCUCCGGAUCUGCAUCACGUGCGGAACUGCCGCGAAUCCUCUAUAAUUCCACGACGAAAACCUGCGAUUUCUGGAAGUACAUCCGCCACGUGUCCGCCUGGAAUAAUGUGGCGAAACUAAUGCUCUCCAAGGCCGCCAGCAAUAUGAGUGUUGCCUGUCCGUUAAAAACCGGCGUAUACGUGAUGAACCGCAUUCAAGUGCCGCCGGAAACGGCGAUCCUGAAGUUCAUGUACCAUCCCAACACAAUCUACACUCUGGAGGGUACUGUCUACUCUCUAAAUCCCAAGGACAAGGUCACCAAAAAAGCUCUUUGCUACUACGAGGUCAAUGCCACUAUCUAUAAGUCUUGUUGAAAAUCUACAGAGACUUUACAACACUUGAAAGUUUAUUAUUAGUACUU